AUGAGCGCUACAAAAUGCAGCAGGGCCUGGAUUGCGGCGGCCAGCGUGGGCGCUGUUGAGGCACUAAAGGACCAAUUGGGAUUUUGCAGGUGGAACUACGCGAUCAGGUCCUUCCAUCACAACGCGAAGAACAACGUUGUGAGGUCAAUUGGUCAGGCCAAGAAAAGGCUUGAAUCCGAUUGCCGUGAAAGUGAUUCAGCUGCUGCCGGAGCUGCAAUGACGCCGUCCGGUAAGAGGUGGUCGGAAUCCGAGGAAUCGCUUAGGAAAGUCAUGUACUUGAGCUGCUGGGGUCCUAAUAAUUAG